AUGUGCCGCCGCUGCAUGGCUCUGUCCGCCGGCGGCCGCGCCAGCUACUUGCUCGCCGCCCCUGCGCGCCGGUGACUCCCUCGCCCGGCUUCUCCGCGCCGCUGCCGCAGCGGCUGCAGCCCAAGCUCCUGCCCGUCCUUCCUUCCCCCCGGGGCUGCCCUCCUGCGGGCAGCCUCCAUGCGCUGCCCAUGGCCGGGGCACAGCCAGGCGUCCACGCGCUGCAGCUCAAACCCGUCUGCGUCUCCGACCUCCUGAAGAAGGGCACCAAAUUUGUCAAGUGGGACGAUGAUUCAACUGUUGUGACUCCAAUUCUUCUUAGAACAGAUCCACAUGGAUUUUUCUUUUACUGGACAGAUCAGAAUAAGGAGACAGAGCUGCUAGAUCUCAGUUUUGUCAGAGAUGCCAGAUGUGGGAAACAUGCCAGAGCUCCCAAGGAUCCAAAAUUGCGUGAACUGUUGGAUGCUGGGAACCUAGGAGGUCGGCUGGAGAAUCGAAUGAUAACUGUUGUCUAUGGUCCAGACCUGGUCAAUAUAUCAUAUUUGAACGUAGUGGCAUUUCAAGACGAAAUAGCAAAGGAAUGGACGGACGAAGUUUUCAGUUUGGCAACAAACCUGCUGGCACACAACAUGUCAAGGGAUGCAUUUCUGGAAAAAGCUUACACAAAAUUGAAGCUGCAAGUCACUCAAGAAGGACGUAUUCCUCUGAAGAGCAUAUACCGCUUGUUUUCCGCUGACAGAAAGCGAGUAGAGACUGCAUUAGAAGCUUGUAGCCUUCCAUCUGCCAGGAACGAUUCAAUCCCUCAAGAGGACUUCACCCCAGAAGCAUACAGAGUAUUCUUAAACAAUCUCUGCCCUCGGCCUGAAAUUGACCACAUCUUUUCUGAGUUCGGUGCCAAGAGCAGACCAUACCUUACUGUUGAUCAGAUGAUGGAGUUUAUAAAUUAUAAGCAACGUGAUCCACGGUUAAAUGAAAUCCUUUAUCCGCCGAUGAAACAGGAGCAAGUUCAACAACUGAUUGAGAAAUAUGAACCCAAUAAUACUCUAGCAAAGAAAGGACAGAUAUCAGUGGAUGGAUUUAUGCGAUACCUGAGUGGAGAGGAGAAUGGCGUUGUUCCACCUGAGAAACUGGAUUUGAAUGAAGAUAUGUCUCAGCCAUUGUCUCACUAUUUGAUCAAUUCUUCACACAACACCUACCUCACAGCUGGACAGCUGGCUGGUAACUCCUCAGUAGAGAUGUAUCGCCAAGUGCUCUUGUCAGGCUGCCGCUGUGUGGAGCUGGACUGCUGGAAAGGACGAACAGCAGAAGAAGAGCCCGUCAUUACACAUGGAUUCACCAUGACAACGGAAAUAUCCUUCAAGGAAGUAAUAGAAGCUAUUGCUGAGUGUGCAUUUAAGACAUCGCCUUUUCCGAUCCUCCUUUCCUUUGAAAACCAUGUGGAUUCCCCUAAGCAGCAAGCCAAAAUGGCAGAAUAUUGCCGAUUAAUUUUUGGGGAUGCACUGCUGAUGGAUCCACUGGAAAAAUACCCACUUGAAAGUGGCGUUCCCCUUCCAAGCCCUAUGGACUUGAUGUACAAAAUUCUGGUGAAGAAUAAAAAGAAAUCACAAAAGUCUGCCGACGGAAGUUCAAAAAAGAAGCUCUCUGAGCAGGCGUCCAACACGUGCAGUGAUACGUCCAGUGGGUUUGAACCCUCAUCUCCUGGAGCAGGAGAAGCAGAGAUCGAGAGUGACGACGACGAUGACUAUGAUGAUGACUGCAAAAAAUCGUCAACGGAUGAAGGCACUGCUGGCAGAGAAGCCAUGGCCACUGAAGAAAUGUCUAACCUGGUGAACUACAUACAGCCAGUGAAGUUUGAGUCAUUUGAGAUAUCAAAAAAACGCAACAGGAGUUUUGAAAUGUCUUCCUUUGUGGAAACCAAAGGGCUUGAGCAACUCACGAAGUCUCCAGUGGAAUUCGUGGAAUAUAACAAAAGGCAGCUUAGCAGGAUUUAUCCAAAGGGAACACGUGUAGAUUCCUCAAACUACAUGCCACAAGUCUUCUGGAAUGCUGGCUGUCAACUGGUUGCUCUUAACUUCCAAACUGUAGAUUUGUCUAUGCAAAUAAACAUGGGGAUGUAUGAAUACAAUGGCAAAAGUGGUUACAGGCUAAAGCCAGAGUUUAUGAGAAGACCAGACAAACAUUUUGACCCAUUUACUGAAAGUAUUGUGGAUGGAAUAGUAGCCAACACCUUGUCUGUGAAGAUAAUUUCAGGCCAGUUUCUUUCGGAUAAAAAAGUUGGUAUUUAUGUAGAAGUAGACAUGUUUGGCCUGCCUGUGGAUACAAGACGAAAAGCUUUAAAGACAAAGACCUCUCAAGGCAAUGCUGUUAAUCCUGUAUGGGAAGAAGAACCCAUAGUAUUUAAGAAGGUGGUUCUGCCUUCUCUGGCAUGUUUGAGGAUAGCCGUAUACGAAGAAGGAGGAAAGUUUAUUGGACAUCGGAUAUUGCCUGUCUCAGCAAUUCGACCAGGCUAUCACUACAUCUGUCUGAGGAAUGAGCGGAACCAACCUUUGAUGCUGCCAGCAGUCUUUGUGUACAUAGACGUUAAAGAUUAUGUACCCGAUACUUAUGCAGAUGUGAUUGAAGCAUUAUCCAAUCCAAUUAGAUACGUAAACUUGAUGGAACAAAGAGCUAAACAGCUGGCAGCACUCACACUGGAGGAUGAAGAAGAGGUAAAGAAAGAGGUUCUGUGAAAGCACCUGCAAAAACAGAAGAUCUUAUUCAGAGUGUCCUAACAGAAGUGGAAGCACAGACUAUUGAGGAGCUAAAACAACAGAAGUCAUUUGUUAAACUUCAGAAGAAGCACUACAAAGAAAUGAAGGACCUUGUAAAGAAACACCACAAGAAAACCACUGAUCUGAUCAAAGAGCACACUGCAAAAUACAACGAAAUCCAGAACGACUACCUGCGUCGUAGGGCAGUCUUAGAAAAAAACACAAAAAGGGAAAGUAGGAAAAGAUGUGAAACUGGCAGCCCGGAUCACAGUUCAACUAUUGAACAAGAACUGGCUGCCCUUGACUCAGAAAUGACCCAGAAGUUAAUAGAACUGAAGGAAAAGCAACAACAGCAGCUGCUCAAUCUCCGACAAGAACAGUAUUAUAGUGAAAAGUAUCAGAAGCGAGAACAUAUUAAGCUGCUCAUUCAGAAGCUGACAGAUGUGGCAGAGGAAUGUCAGAGCAGCCAGUUAAAGAAACUGAAAGAGACUUGUGAAAAAGAAAAGAAGGAGUUAAAGAAGAAAAUGGACAAGAAGAGACAGGAGAAGAUCACGGAAGCUAAAUCCAAGGAUAAAAAUCAAGUGGACGAGGAGAAGACGGAAAUGAUUCGAUCGUAUAUCCAGGAAGUGGUGCAGUACAUAAAGAGGCUAGAAGAUGCUCAGAGUAAAAGACAGGAGAAACUUGUAGAAAAACACAAGGAGAUUCGUCAGCAAAUACUGGAUGAAAAGCCCAAGUUACAAGGUGAACUUGAUCAGGAAUAUCAAGACAAAUUCAAAAGGCUCCCUCUGGAAAUUCUGGAGUUUGUACAGGAUGCCAUGAAAGGGAAAAUCAGUGAAGAUGGAGACCACAGUUCUGCCACUUCCUCCCUGACAUCUGAAAGUGGAAAACUGAACCAUAAACCUCUGCAAAAUGAAGAGGAAACAGAAGAAAAUAAUCCAGAUAAAGUGUUUGAUACUCCUUUUUAACUACCCAUGCCAGCCCACAAGCAACAGUUAUUGUGCCAGGGCAUGCCACUCCCAUGGUGCCCAUUCUCUGUUUUCCUGUUGUGAGCGGCCAUAGAACAGCUUCUGAAUGCAGGAGGCAUCUGUAUUGAAGUGCACAUUUUAAAAAGAAACAUUUUAUAAAGAUAUUGUGCAAAGGUCUUCAUUCUCAUUCUUCGUUUUUUUUAUUAUACUAAAGCUUAGUGCAGUGAACGUAGGGAAUUUAUGUGUUAAUACUCCCCCACCCCAAUAUAUAAUGUGUAAUUUUCAGGCCAUAUGCACUUUUAAGAUAGUUUAAUGAAGACCAGAGUAUUGUACACAGACAAAUGUGCACCGAUUUCCUUUUAAAGUGCCAGUGCAAAGCAUCCCAAACCAAUACUGAUCUUACGGAAUUGUAUGACAAUACUUAAUCAUUUUUGUUUUCUACUUUCUAACUGCACCUUGACAGCUGUGUCAUCAUGUUACAUUUGCACUGAAACAUUUGAUCCUUUUUAGCUUUGCAAGCACUGGUGGCUUGCUGUCUUGAUAUUAUGUUUAUCAUGUGGAGAGAAAUAUAUUUGCUGCUGAAAAAGAAUCUUCGUUGGAACUGUGGUGAUUAGAGUAAGUUUAAAACCAAGAGUUGGACUUAGUCUGUGUAGAGAAAGAGUGUGUGUGUAUGUUGUGCAUUUGUGUGAGUGCAUACAUGUUUGAGCAUAUACAUAUAUAUGCACACACACACACAUCCAUCCAUAUACACACAGAGCAUGUAUGUAUUUGCAGUCGGUCUGCUCUCGUGGCAAAAUGAAAAGUUUCAGGGAUACGUGAAUAGAAAACCUUUAUAGGUUGUAACCUCUGGGUUAUAGUGAUAUUAAACAAACAUUAAAUCAUAAGAUUCUUUUUGUGUUGUUGGUGUUGUAAAUUGAAGUACAUUUAGCAAAUAAAUUUGAUAUAUAUUUUGCAGACUUGAAAGUAUUGAUUUUAAGUAUCAUAUUUUAAGCUUACUGAAUUUGAUAAGGUUAUAAAAAAAUUUUAAAACUACAGGAUUUGAACAUUUAGGAACAUCAUCCAUCAUUUUUAAUUCUGCAGUUCAGUUUUACUAAUAUCUGAAGUUUAAAAGCAGAUUUAAAAACCCCACCCCUGUUAUUUCAAGUAUCUAUUAAUCCAUAUAUGCAUACUUUAACAGAAGAACAAUCCAAGUUUAUGUACUGUAUGAUAUGCAUGAGAGAAAUAAACUGCAUAUUUUCAGAAAUCUAUGUAAAAAUAAUUAGUAAGACUUUCUGAAAAUCGGGAUAUUUGAAAAGGGAAAGAAAAAUAUUAUUCUUUGGCAUCCCUAUGAAAGAGGAUAUGGGUAUGAUCAUAUAUAUGGCCUGAUUCUCAUUUACCCUAAGGCCACUUUAUACUGCUCCCGUCAUGUAAAGCAGUUUUAAAGUGAGAAUAAAUAUAAUUUACUUGUACUUUAAGGCCCCUUUAUAGUACCAGAGCCGUGGGGCCCUUAGUGUAACUAAGAAACAAGCUCAUAUUUAGGCCACAGUCCUGCAAGCACUCACAUGAGUAACUUUAUACACAUGAAUAAUCCUAUUGGAUUCAAUGAAACUACUCUGUGGAUAAUAAUGCUCGCAUACAUGUUUGCAGGAUUUGGGCCUUAAUUUGUAUUUUUAAAUAAAUAAAUUUAAAUGGUCUAAUAGUAGCAUAGCAAAGCAUUUUAAUAAAGAAUAGCAAUUAAGUUACUUUACUUGCUUUCCCUCAGGAUUUUAGUAUUUUAAGUAACUUAUUUUAUUUAAAUUUAAGCAAUAAAUACCGAUCAAGCUUAAGUUUUGAGUUAAAUACUAUAUGUGUAUAUAUAUUAUAAGUUCAAAUCUUAGAAAACAAACAGUAUUUUGAUGUUUCUUUUUUAAACUUAGAGCAGGCAAAAAGAAAAAUUGCACAUUCUUUGGAGAUCAUAUUUUGGAUUAAACUAUUCUGGUUGAUGAUUACACUAAUUUAAUGACCAUCGAACUCAACAGUCUGACUUUCAGCUUGAUUUUAGAAAAAUCAUUCUACUUUUGCACUUUGAAGAUUGGCAUUAAUCAUUCGAUAAAAACCUAGAAUGGUAAAUUUAAUGCUGCAUUUUAUAAACUAAAAAUUACAUAGGUUGUUGAAAUUAUAGAAAGGAUAUACGAAUAGCAGUGUUCACAACAAUACUGAAGACUAUUGCAUUAUAGUAACCAUUGCCUUAGGGUAAAAAUCAUGACUCCGCUGAAGUUUAUGGUAAAACUUCCAGGGACUUCAGGGUAGCCAGGGAUUCACCAUUAGUCUUCAAAUAGACUUGGGCAAAUACAAAUUAGCCUUUUAUUUAUAUUUUAAAAAGUUUAUGGUUGGACUAAGUAUACUAUCAGUUGUAGUCAUUUUACAGUAUGUUUGUAUUUGACCAUUUACUGUACUCACAUUUUUUAUAUCUGUACAGUGCUACUUUUUGCAGUUGUAGGGUAGUGUGUAAUACUGUACACCUUGCAUUGUUCAGAUUAUUACAGUGAUACAGAUAUCAUUUAAUAUUCAUAUUACUUGAACUAAAUAAGAUAACGAAAAAAGGGUUAUGAUGUGCAAGUCUUGUGCCUUUUAUGUAUUUGCCUUGUUAUGUGUUGAAUGUGUGGAAAUGCUGUACUGUGGACCUUUCUGUUGUAUAGAAUAGAACUCUCUAUAUUAAACUAGAUUGUGCACUUCAGAUAUCUUUACACUACUGAGAAUAGAUUGGUUUGGGCAGUAUAAGCAGAAUUUUAAAAGUUCUAAUGAAAUGCCGGACAUUUUGGAUUUAACAUGUUCAUAAUUAUGUUAAUUAAUGCUCAUGUAUUAAUUAUUAUUAUGUAUUCAUUAAAAGAUAACUAAAGGGACAUUGCUUGCCUUUCUUUCAAAUCAAUGUUGCUCUUGUACAUUGUAUUAAUAGUGUCUGUGAUUGAUUGGACUUUGGUGAUUUGCUUUCAAAAAAAUAAGAGAAAUAUUUCGGUUAACAUGUACAUAUUUUCAUUUCUCAAUCUGAUUGUUUCAGAUGCAUAAUUCACAUUUUUGUAAGAAUUCUAUGCAAUUUUGUGGCAUGAUGUUUCUUCCAUUUGUAAUUUUAUGUGCUUUCAUCACGGAUCCAAAGGACAAAUAAAAAUUUUCUUAACACAAAA